AUGUCUCAAGCCAAGAGGACCUUCCCUGCUCUUGGGGAGAGGAACUAUGGCUCCUGGGCUGAUGAUAUGGAGGCCUAUCUCAAGACUCUUGACCUCUGGGACGUCACUAGCGAUCCUACAGCCGCUCCUGAGCUCUACUCGGAGACUACACCCACCAUCGAAGACAAGAGGGAGCAGAGGAAGUGGGAGGCGCGAAAGGGGAGAGCUGCUGGAGAGAUAUGGUUGGCUUUGGAGGAUGGGCAGAAGGUGCAUGUGAAGGAGGUGAAGAAGGAUCCGUUGAAGAUGUGGGAGAAGUUGAGGGAG